UAUUCCCAUUUUAUUCUUUCCAUGUUUUCUCUAAGCGUGUGUACAAUUUACUACGAUUUCGAAUGCAUUAGCAAACAGUUAUCUGUCCUCAUCCGUGUAAAAGUUUUCUUCUCAGACCUGACACAUUUUAUCUAAUUGUGCAAUGAGCACUUUCCCUGCGCUAUAUGAAUAUCUUAACUGGACUUUAGUCAUCUCAUAAUGAAAACGUUAAUAAUAUGUUAUUUGUCCUCUCGACCGUGACUGAAAUGAUUUUAGGAAAGUUGUUGCUACAGAUUACGGUCUGUACCAACAUCAAUUGUUCGAGACUGAGUGGGUAUGGAACCGACAGCCUAGGUUGAGAAAAUGAAACUUAAGGUGCAGUUUCAGUUGUCCUCAGUGUUGCACAGCCUAUAGCUUUUUGUCAGUAUAAAAGGACACCAUGUCCCACUACGAGGUUAAAGACUCUUUAGAAGUGGAAUUAAGUUGCCCAGUUUGCCAACGUCUUCUGAUUGAACCAGUGACCCUACCCUGUGGACACACAUUCUGUGAAGUCUGUCUUGAGGGGGUGACUUCUGCGACUUCCAAGUCUCGUGAAGGUGGCUGGCACUAUUGCUCUGAGUGCAAAAAGGGGUUCCAGGGUCUUGGAACCUUACCAAAGAACCUCAUGCUUUGUAGAAUCAUAGAAAGCUACAAAAAUGGCCUUGGGGAAGCAACAUCUAAUUCUUUAUCAAGAACCCAACAGCAAAAGAGUAGUAAGAAACCGGACACUCAGACUGGUGAGUCUUGCGCAAGCCAUCCUGAUCUUGCACCAGAUGAGGGCCAGAAAAAUGUAGCCCUACCAGAAGUGUCACCGUCUGCUCCAAUGGAAUAUAUCAAAGUGGGAGCAGGACUGGACCCCAGGUCAGCCUGUCCCUCAGAUGAGCCGGCUUUGAAACAUAAAACUAAUGAGGGCAGAAUAAGACUGUCUGGCCUGGCAAAAGAUCUCAGAUUCAAACUGGCCACUACCGAGGUCCUAUUACUCAAGGAGACAGAGAAUCAGGCAGAGGCCAGAGCUGUCCAUGAUGGCCUCCGGGAAAAGAUUGCCGGAUUGCUUCAACAGAUGAGCGACUUGGUUGAGAAGUACACCGUGACUGGAACAGAGCUGAUUGAGGCCCAGUUUCAGCCCAUAGAAGAGGCCAUGGACAGGCAUGUCAAACAUGUCUCGGACUUCCUCUCUCAGCUGAAAGACAUGCAGCUUCAAGCCAGUGCUCUUUUAGAGGAGCAAGAUGGAGCCAAGUUCUGCCAAGGCCUCUCGAAGGUCGAACCUACGAUCACAAAGCUUGUGGGAGUUCCUUUGCAAGAAAUGAUAAAAGCUCCAGAGGUCAAUUCCCUAAAUUUGGUAGGAGCUUGUUCUGAGCUGGAACGUCAGAAUGCUCAGCUCCGGGCUGAACUUGGUUCGACGCAGAGAGCGCUGCGGAACCUCCUCAACCCGUCGGAGGUGACUUUUGACCCGGACACAGUCCACCCUAGCCUUGUCCUCUCCGAAGACCUGAAGACGGUGAUGUUCAACCCCAUCAAACAACCUUAUCCCUCACACAGUAAGAGGUUUACCAGCUUGCUGCAGGCCCUGAGCUCCCAAUCGUUUGGGGAGUCAUUCGGGGUGGCUGGAGGGGAACACUGCUGGGAACUGGAGCUUGAGAACUGCUCGUGGAUCGUGGGUGUGUGUUAUGGAGGGUUGCCCCGCAGCGGGCUGCGCAGUGCCCUGGAGAGCUGGUCGGACUGCUGGGGCUUAAUGUACUGUGAUAACCGGCUGAGGGCAUAUGAGAAGGCACAAGCCACGCAGCUCAAACGCACCACUUCUCUGCGCAGAGUUCAGAUUCGUGUCAGCUUCAAGAAUCAAUCCGUGUCAUUUUAUUCAGUCAGUAAUAUUGACACUACCAAGAUGCUCCUCCAUACUUUUGAAGUUGCCUUCACUGAGCCGGUGUAUUUGGCUAUUAGGAUGAUGUCUGGUCAACCAAAGGCACGCAUUACUGUGUGUUAACUUUAUUAAGCCACAUACUUUAUUUAAGCAUAAUUUAUUUAAUGCAACACUAAAGAUUUACUUUAAGGUUAAAUCAGUUUUGUUAUGACUGCCGCUAGCAUAGCAUAGCAGUCAUAGGGAUUGUCAAAGUUCAAAGUCAAAGUCCCCACUUUAAGGUAUGUUGGUCUCAAGGGGCCACAUCAAUCUCACCCAUAACCACUCAUUUGUAAUUUGUUUUAAUCGCCUCUAUCUUCAGUUGAGAUGUUCUGAACCGCACCAAAUGUCAUGUGUAUGCAUUAACCUUAACCUCUGAUAUCCACUCAUGCACACAUACACGCACACAUACAGACACUCACAUCCACAGACACACAUGCGUGCACACAUCCACCACAUGCACACACACACACACACACACUCACACACACACACACACACACACACACACAGGCACGCACAUGCAAUAAAUCAUUUUAAAUUCCGUAAAGGAAAACCAUAUUGAUCCUUCAUUUAGGUUGUGUUUAGUCUAGUAUUGGUGUUAUCUAGUUUGUCCUUUAGAUGGCGCAAGUCUUGCUGCAAGACACAUUCAUUACUUGACUUGGGUCUACAUUUCACUUCUGAAAACAACAGUGCAACUGUAGAUGAUGGUUUCACAGCUUGGUGGCUUGUGUAUUCAUGGUAGGAUGAUUUUCACGUGAAAUGUAAUUCUUGUCAUUUCUUCUUAAAGCCGAAAUAAACCUG